AUGGGCUGGAAACUAAAAACAGUGCAAACUAUUCUCAGUAUUCUAGCCUUCUACGUCACAUCUGCAGUAGGUAAGUACAACUCAUUUCUAUUGCAGAAGCUUCUUCCUAAUACAGUUCUAUGAAAUGAAUAUACUAACCUUGCUCUAAGAAUAUGUAUUAUAGUAUAUGCCAUGUCACUGUAGAUGUAAAGCAUUCUUUAAAAUCAUGUUGUGAAAUCAUGUUUUUUUUUUUGUGCAAAUGCUGCAUCUGUCGUUGUUGUUGUUGUUCAAAUCAAAUCAAAUUGUAUUUGUCACAUGUGCCGAAUACAACAGGUGUAGACCUUACUGUGAAAUGCUUACUUACAAGCCCUUAACCAACAAUGCAGUUCAAGAAAUAGUUAAGAAAAUAUUUACUAAAUAAACUAAAGUAAAAAAGUGACUAUGCAUAGAUAAUAAACAACGAGUAGCAGCAGUGUAAAAACAGAGGAGGGGUGUCAAUGUAAAUAGUCCAGGUGGCCAUUUGAUUAAUUGUUCAGCAGUCUUAUGGCUUGGGGGAAGAAGCUGUUAAGGAGCCUUUUGGUCCUAGACUUGGCACUCCGGUACUGCUUGCCGUGCGGUAGCAGAGAGAACAGUCUAUGACUUGGGUGACUGGAGUCUUUGACAAUUUUUAGGGCCUUCCUCUGACACUGUCUAGUAUAUAGGUCCUGGAUGUCAGGAAGCUUGGCCCCAGUGAUGUACUGGGCCGUACGUACUACCCUAUGUAGCGCCUUACGGUCAGAUGCCGAGCAGUUGCCAUACCAGGCGGUGAUACAACCGGUCAGGAUGCUCUCGAUGGUGCAGCUGUAUAACUUUUUGAGGAUCUGGGGACCCAUGCCAAAUCUUUUCAGUCUCCUGAGGGGGAAAAGGUGUUGUCAUGCCCUCUUCACAACUGUCUUGGUGUGUUUGGACAAUGAUAGUUCGCUGGUGAUGUGGACACCAAGGAACUUGAAACUCUCGACCCGCUCCAAUUCAGCCCUGUCAAUGUUAAUGGGGACCUGUUCGGCCCUCCUUUUCCUAUAGUCCACGAUCAGCUGCUUUGUCUUGCUCACAUUGAGGGAGAGGUUGUUGUCCUGCCACCACACUGCCAGGUCUCUGACCUCCUCCCUAUAGGCUGUCUCAUCGUUGUCGGUAAUCAGGCCUACUACUGUUGUGUCGUCAACAAACUUAAUGAUGGUGUUGGAGUCGUGCUUGGCCACGCAGUCGUGGGUGAACAGGGAGUACAAGAGGGGAUUAAGCACGCACCCCUGAGGGGCCCCAGUGUUGAGGAUCAGCGUGGCAGAUGUGUUGUUGCCUACCCUUACCACCUGGCGGCCCGUCAGGAAGUCCAGGAUCCAGUUGCAGAGGGAGGUGUUUAGUCCCAGGGUCCUUAGCUUAGUGAUGAGCUUUGUGGGCACUAUGGUGUUGAACGCUGAGCUGUAGUCAAUUAACAGCAUUCUCACAUAGGUGUUCCUUUUGUCCAGGUGGGAAAGGGCAGUGUGGAGUGCGAUUGAGAUUGCAUCAUCUGUGGUUUCCCUUUGUAGUCCGUAAUAGUUUUCAAGCCUGCCACAUCCGAUGAGCGUCAGAGCCGGUGUAGUAGGAUUCAAUCUUAGUCCUGUAUUGACGCUUUACCUGUUUGAUGGUUCAUCUGAGGGCAUAGCGGGACUUCUUAUAAGCGUCCGGAUUAGUGUCCUGCUCCUUGAAAGCGGCAGCUCUAGCCUUUAGCUCGGUGCGGAUGUUGCCUGUAAUCCAUGGCUUCUGGUUGGGAUAUGUACGUAAGGUCACUGUGGGGACGACGUCAUCGAUGCACUCAUUGAUGAAGCCGGUGACUGAGGUGGUAUACUCCUCAAUGCCAUUGGAUGAAUCCCGGAACAGUGCUAGCAAAACAGUCCUGUAGUGUAGCAUCCGCGUCAUCUGACCACUUCCGUAUUGAGCGAGUCACUGGUACUUCCUGCUUUUUUUUUGUUGCUUAUAAGUAGGAGUCAGGAGGAUAGAAUUAUGGUCAGAUUUGCCAAAUGGAGGGCGAGAGAGAGCUUUGUAUGCAUCUCUGUGUGUGGAGUAAAGGUGGUCUAGAGUUGUUUUUCCUCUGGUUGCACAUGUGACAUGCUGGUAGAAAUUAGGUAAAAUGUGGUGGUGUUGGUGUUGUUCUCAUGGUUCUUUAUGGACAUUUCUCCUCUGAACCUGCAGGGGAAGAUGAGCAGCCCAGAUCAGAAUGUGCUGACUUCAACAACAAGACCUGGCUGGAGUACCAUCAGCAGGGCAGCAAGCUACAGGUGCAGUACCUGCUCUUGACACGCAAGAAUACAGACUGUGCCAGCCUCUUCAGUCAGGAAUCCCUCAGCAACAACGCCUCCUACUUCAACUCCUCCCAACCCACCAAGAUAAUUGUCCAUGGAUACAGGUGAGGAGAAAGGGAGGGAGGGAGGUCAAAAACUUGGUAUAUUCAUACUCUACAUAUAAAACGUAUAAGCUAUCUCUCUCUCUCUCCCUCCCUCCACCUCCCCUUUCCUCCCUCCCUCCCAGGGCUCUGGGCAGUAAGCCAUCCUGGGUGAAGCAGCUUGCCCAGGCUCUGCUGCAGGUGCAGGAUGCCAACGUGGUGGUGGUGGACUGGGUGUAUGGGGCCUCAUACGCCUACAACCUGGUGGUGGAGAACUACAAGGAGGUGGCCGUCCAGAUCUCUGUCCUCAUCAACCAGCUCCAGGUCAGGGCCUCCUCAUUUGUUUACGUCUACAUACUGACAGCAAAUUAAGUUAAAAGUAAUGAAAAUAACGGAGAUCUGAUGUCUGUCCCACAGAACCAUGGAUGCAAACUGGAGUCAUUUCACUUCAUUGGGGUUAGUCUUGGGGCACAUGUGUCUGGAUUCGUGGGGACCCUGUUCAAGGGCGAGAUAGGGAGAAUCACAGGUGAGCGCCAUCUGUGGCUGACCCAUUAACAGUUCCACAGGGCCCCUACUGUCUGCAGAACAAGGCUCUACAGGGCCAGACAGUCACUCACAGACCCUCUCAUCUCUGCCAACCUGACUGAAUUAGACUUUCAAAGAAAGAGACAGCUCCGGAAAACAACAACAGCAGACAUUGAAAGGUGGCACUCUGAAUUUGUGAAAGAGGGAGACGUUACCCUUCUGAGGUCACACAACGACACAAUAAUACAUACAAUUGUCUGUCUGCACAUUAUCUCUGGUGUUUUUGUCAGAGUAGAGGCCUUCAGCGCUGUGAUGUGAAGUAGUCUGAAUGCUUUAGUACAGUAGUUCACAGGCUCUCUGUGUGUGUGUAUUUAUGUUUGUCAUCACUGUUGCUGAUGCAGUACUCUAUCUAUCCCCCACUGACCUCUGUAUCUCCUGCUGUAGGUCUGGACCCGGCUGGACCCAUGUUUAAAGGAGCCGACAAGUAUGACCGUCUUGACCCCUCAGAUGCACUGUUUGUCGAGGCCAUCCACACUGAUUCCGACUGUGAGAGAAUAGGCUACACACAAAUCACACAAAUUAUUGUUAUUGCAAAGAGAUUUCUGCUAUCUUUCCAUCUUUUCCUCUUAAACCUAUUCAAUUUCAAAAGUCUCACUGUUCAUUGGAAUGACAAAAUGAUGUGUCCUGGUAUCAGCCUUUCCACAUCGAUUAUCAACCUUUUAUCUCAGAUUUUGGCAUCUCCAUCCCUGUCGGCCAUGCAGACUUCUUCCUAAAUGGCGGGAUGGACCAAGCAGGUUGCUCGCACUCCAGGUUUUUGUCAAGUAAGUGCGUGUUUGGCCGCCAAAAUGUUUCAUUGGCGAAGAGGCCUAACCUAAGUGUGUAUUAAUUUCAGUAUCAGCUUCAGACAUGUCGUUCAACUUAAACAACUGUUUAUCAUUCACUAACUAAGCAGUAAGCACUAUGUUUACUAACCUAUAGGCUAUUUAGUGGUAAGCUUCUGGCUGCCUGAGAAUCUUCGUUUGUGGUCAGUUCUUGUCUACUUUCCAGUAUACGGCAGUGUGAUCUGUAACCACAUGAGGGCGCUCCACCUCUACAUAAGCGCACUGAACGGGACCUGCCCACUGUCUGGCAUCCCUUGUUCCAGCUAUGAGGACUUCCUCAAGGGGCGCUGUUUAGGCUGCCCGGGAAGAUGUCCACGAAUAGGUGAGUGCAUCAUCAACAUUAUGCUAUUUCCCCAGAUAUUAUACAAACCUGCUGUCUGUGAGUACGUUGGUCGUGCAAAUGUAAAUAUUAUAAAUAGCCACCUUUUACAUGUAGCCUAUAGUAGGCUAUUUACAAACGUGUGAAAUGUGUUUAAAUAUGAUAUUUUUGUCAUAUUCAAACUUCCCAGCACACUUUCCAUUUUCACUUUAGUCAGGUUUCACUUAAUGAGAGACAGUGCAACUGUCUGACCUAGCUAGUGUCAUGUCUGGUCUGGCGUCCACUUAUCACUAUGGUGCACUGGCGCAGCAGAUACAGUGACAGACUGCAACAGAUAAACCAGUAAAUGUACUAUGGAGGCCUUUCAUCUGUCAUAACUGUGAUAGGAAUUGUUACUUUACAUCUUACUCUCUGUCUUUUUUAUGUGCAUGUGUCCUUGUGUGUUUCAGGGUUAUUGGAGAACAGCGGAAUAACAGUCUCUCCUCUUCCUCAACUAGAGAAGCUUUUCCUCCUGACAACCUCUGCACCUCCCUUCUGUGGUGAGUAGCCUACAUUUAUCUCUAUGUAAAAACACAGACUGGCUGUCCCAUCAGACGAUUGUUGGAUGCUCAUUAUGACACAUCCCCACUACUUUGGCCCCUCAGUUGAAUGGUUAAAUACAGAAAUAUCUCAUGUGAUGAUAAUCAAGUUACAUCCCGUCCCCUUCUCCCAUCCUCCCCCUCCUCCUCUUUCCCACUCUGUUCCCUCUCUCCCCAGCCCAUCACAUCCUGGUGCAGCUGGAGGUGUCCCCCCUGGACAAGAGUGCUGAGGUGCAGGUGAUCCUGAGAACUGAGGGACUUCCUCGAACAGAGCAGAAACUCAGGCUGUAGGUACAACCAUUAACCCUUACUGUUAGAGACCAAAAUGUAUACACAGCAUGAUUCAAAGCUGUUCACGGUAUGAUACGUAAACAUGGAUUAUAUUCUCAGUAACAGGCAUGCUGUGUGUGUGUAUUUCAGAAAGUCAGACAGCACUGUGUAUAAGAGGGUGAUAGGCCACCCAGUGCCACUGUGUGAGAUAGACUCCAUCCAGCUGAAGAACACUGGAGCACGCUUCUACCGGCAGGGAGACAUCCACUUUGUGUCUGUCUGCAUAUCAGAGUUCCCCUCUGUCGGGUAUAAGUCCUUUCAUCUAUUUAACACACACAUGCUCUCACACACGUACCUACACCACACACAGCAGCAUGCAGUGUGUAUGCAUUCCUGUGCAUGCAUAUGACACUGUUACUCUUUCGUUUCUCUUUCAGAGAAGUGGAGCCAUUGUGUGUGAAGAAGAUUGAUGUAAGGCGAGGAGCUCCAUGGAACCAUGAUUUUGUGCAGCUGUGUUGGAAUUACUGA